UUCGUAAUAAAACCUAUGGUGUAAUUGCUAAAGAAAUUCUCUCGAAUCCUUCUUAUUAACUCACUUUCCUCUUUCUUCUUCUCCAUUUUUCAUUUUGUUCUCCACUAUCUUCACAUUUUAGCAUCUCCUUCUCCAGUCAGUUGUCCAGUUUCCAUCUUGUUCGUGUUCACAGUUCAGCAUCAUCUUGUCCACUGCAGUUCUCGACUUGCACUCCUUUUGCGCAAUUCGUCAGGGAGUGUGCGACGGAAGUGUGCGAUGGUAUCUUUCGUUGGUGGCCCCUCACCGGGUGAAGAAUCUUCUUUUAAGCAUUCUCACAAAGGAACUCCGUCUCACAAAGGAACAAUCUCGCUCCUUGAAGAAAGUUUCAGCCAAAACCACACCCUAAACCCAACUUCCAACCUUUCUGCAUUCAAGAGCCAAAAAUUUCAGGGGACAAUAAGCUUUGAAUUGAAGACCAAAUUAAUAAAGUUGCACCCAAAGUUCCAGGAGCUGACACAUGAAGAUCCUUACAAGCACAUCAAGGAGUCUUCACUUAAAGAUGAAGAAGAGCAACAUAAUUUGAUUGUAGUGUAACCUGCCAUGAUUGGAUACUAUAGCUGUAUCAUCUUAAGGGUACAUGUUUGUAUAGCUUAGGUUUCACUUUCAAUGAUCAUGUUUUGUUCCUGGAUGCACACCAAAUGGCUUUAGAUAAGGUAGCAAGAGCGAAGGGAAAUAGGAAAAUGUUUUGGUCAUUGCCAUUAGGUUUUGUCAAUUAUUUUUUUACUUACUACAUUUAAAACGUUGACCUUUUGGUGAUGGUAGAGUAUAAUAACUUAUUUCUCUUAAUAUAUGUUUAAUUUCUUAGUAGAAAAACUAUUCUACUAAAUUCUUCCUAGAAUUGUGAUAAGUCUGUUUUUUAUUUUCAAAAUUCAAUCUUUUUAUUUCUUCAUUUUUAAUAAUCAAAUAAAUUAUAAAUAAAAAAAAAA